AUGGCUGUCCCGGAGCAGGGCGUGUGCGUGGCUCUACCGAUGUCGAAGCACAGCGACACGGACGCAGAAGUAGUGUGCGGGACGGUGCCGGAAGUCGUCGACGAAAGGUUGGACCAGGAAGUGCUGCUCUGGUGUGAUGUGAUGCUCGACGGCAAUGAGGUUGACGAAGUCGCCGUUGGGUUGAAAAUCACCGACCCGUUAGAUGAGAUACUGAGCGUCUGUGUGAUCGUCCUUACGGAUGUUGUGGUGCUGUUGGUGGUCCCCACGGCUGUGGUUGUAGCGUUGAUGCUCGAGGAAAUCGCCGUUGGUGCUACUACGACGCUGGAAGCCAUCUCAAACGUCUGGGUGAUCGUCGUAUCUCCCACCGUCUGA